AUGAGGAAUUAAUGAUGCCUCAUCCUUUAAUUUUUUUCUUUAAUUCUGCUCUUGAUCAAGUCUCUAAUCUAUGCUUAAGUUGGAAUAAUUAUUCGACAAAAACAUGAGCAAUAAAAAAAAAGAGUACCUAGACAAGCAAAUUAAGACCACAUGUAGCCAUGAAAGCAUAUUGACCUUAAUAAGCAAGAAGCUUUGUAUAUAUAUAUAAUUAUCCUCUCUCAUUUCAGUCUCCGAUCCACUCAUAUGUAUCCCUUUUGUCUAUUUCUUUUGAGUAUUAACUUAAACUCUGGUCCGCUUUAAGCACUGUCUCCUCUUAUUUUUCCUUUCUUCUUCCCUUCAAACCCUCACUCUCUCUGCGCCCAAUUUCUCAUCCGUAAAUUUAAAAUUUACAGAGAGCAUGCCUGAAUGUCCAGAGAAAGGAAGAGAUUUGAUGAGUUAGGCAAGAAGAUCAAAAGAGAAUCAGAUGCCACUUAUCAAAUGGGAAGAAGACACAUGCUGGGUCCUCCUGGAACCCUAAAUACAAUUACUCCUUGCGCUGCCUGUAAGCUCUUAAGAAGGAGGUGUGCACAAGAAUGCCCAUUUUCUCCAUAUUUCUCUCCACAUGAACCUCAGAAGUUUGCUUCUGUUCACAAAGUUUUUGGUGCAAGUAAUGUCUCAAAGAUGCUGAUGGAGGUGCCACAGAACCAAAGAGCUGAUGCAGCUAAUAGUCUUGUUUAUGAGGCUAAUGUGAGGCUAAGAGAUCCAGUUUAUGGGUGCAUGGGUGCAAUUUCAGCUUUACAACAGCAAGUUCAAUCGUUGGAAGCCGAACUUAAUGCAGUAAGGAAUGAAAUACUGAAAUACAGAUAUAGGGAAGCAAACAUAAUUCAUUCUUCUCAUGUAGCUUUGCUUUCCUCUGGGGCUGUUUCAAUUGCUGCACCGUCACCAGCCCCCUCUACGCCACCGCCCCCAACAGCAUCGCCCCCUCCUUCUUCCUCAUCUUCCUCCAUGUACACUCAACCGACAAGUAGUGCUGCUGCAGAUUAUAGCACAACUUCGACUGAAAAUGUCUCCUUUUUUGGUUAAUAUUUAUAUUUCGAGACAGAAAAUAAAACAAUUAUUUCUUUAUCAUGAAUCAGGUUGAACAAUAAAAAGAAAAGGAAAAAAUAGAUAUAUUUUAUUGCA